CAUUGGGAAUUUCUUAUGAAAAUAUUUCAGUGUAACGGUUGCACGAAAUCCCUUCUAGCUAUGGCGGCGUCAGUUGUGUCAAGAAGAUUUGGUCCUUGUUUAAGAUCAUUCUUAUCCAGAAGUGCAAGUUAUGAAGCAACUCGACCGGCCCUGUCUAUAAACAAAAACACAAAAGUCAUUUGCCAAGGAUUUACUGGGAAACAGGGAACAUUUCAUAGUGAACAGGCUAUCCAAUAUGGCACAAAAGUAGUUGGUGGUGUUUCACCAAAGAAAGCUGGUACGACACAUUUAGGACAACCUGUGUUUGCUAGUGUUCGAGAGGCUAAAGAAGCUACAAAUUGUGAUGCAUCUGUUAUAUAUGUACCACCACCUGGUGCUGCAGCUGCUAUUGAGGAAGCAGUUGAAGCUGAGGUCCCACUUAUCGUGUGCAUAACAGAAGGAAUUCCACAACAAGAUAUGGUCAAGGUCAAACAUAUGCUUGAAAGACAAGAUAAAAGUCGCUUGAUUGGUCCUAAUUGUCCAGGGAUAAUCAAACCUGGAGAAUGUAAAAUUGGUAUUAUGCCUGGUCAUAUUCACCAACCUGGUACAGUUGGUAUCGUUUCUCGUUCUGGCACUCUAACAUACGAAGCUGUUCAUCAAACGACCCAUGUUGGCUUAGGACAGUCUCUUUGUGUAGGUAUUGGAGGAGAUCCAUUUAAUGGUACCAACUUCAUGGAUUGUUUAGAUGUGUUUAUAAAAGACCCUGAGACCAAAGCUAUUAUACUUAUUGGUGAAAUCGGUGGAGCAGCAGAAGAACGCGCUGCAGAAUUUUUGCAGCAAAACAAUGUAGGAGAGAAUAGAAUACCAGUUGUAGGAUUUAUUGCAGGGUUAACUGCCCCGCCUGGCCGACGAAUGGGACAUGCUGGUGCAAUCAUUUCAGGUGGAAAGGGAGGUGCAGAAGAUAAGAUUGCUGCUUUGGAAAGUGCUGGCGUUGUCGUUACUAGGUCCCCUGCACAGUUAGGCCACACCCUUAGAAAGGUAUUUGACGAUUUUUACAUCGGUAGCCAUUAAAGAAUUGCUUAAUGUACAGAUAUAUUUAUACAUAAAACUGUUAAUUUGAAAUCGAA